GGAGGAGGCGACCGGCGGUGCGCGGCAGGCCGCGCACGCCCCUCCCCCAGCAGAUCCGGGCGCAAGAUGGCGGCGGUGCUCGCGGGCGGGUCGAGGCGGGUGGUGCGGGAGGCGGUGCGGCGUUCCGCCGUUCGUUCGCCCGCCUCCGGCUGCUGGGGCUGCGCGCCUGGAGGGAAGAGGUAUCUGCUAACGGAAGAUGAUAUCAAGUUACAAGAAUUUCAGCGGAUGAAAGUGGUAAUUAGAAAUGAAGUUCAUGGCAAUAAAGAUCCAUAUUUUAAAAGUAUUAAAGAAAAAUUAAAGAAAAAUGGAAUAAUUCUCAAAACUGAAUUAAAAAAUUUACUGCAUUUAUGUCAGACUUCAUCUGAUGUGGAACUAGCCAGAAAAGUUAUUUACAGGUACCAUGAGCAGAAUGGAAUCACAGCCUUACAUAGUUUUAAAUUUGGGCCACUCUUUAUGAGGCUAUGUUAUGAGCUAGAUCUUGAACGACCGGCAGUAGAACUUAUCAAAGAUCAGAAUUUGCGUGGUUUUUUCUCGGAGAGUACGUCAUUCCAUAUUUUGAUGACGAUGUUAUUUAAAAAGGGCCAUUUUGAAAGUGCUUUGGAAGUUCUGGUAGAAAUGAAAAAACAAGGUAUACCUUUCAGCAAAGAAACCUAUCUACUUGCAUUUGCAAUAUGCUACAAACUGGACAACCUGGAAUCUUGCAAAAUCUGUGCAAAACUGCUUGAAGAAGCCCAGCUAAAAGGUGACACAUUACCACUGCGAGCAUACUGCUUUGCUGUGGCAGCUGCUCUGAAGCAGAAUGAUGUUUUGCAAGCCAAGUUGUAUUGUUCCCAGAUAUUGAAAACAGAGAGCAAACUAUACAAUAAUCUUAAAGUUCUUGUCCAGCUCAGAUCUGGUUUGCUAGAAGAAGUAAUAAGGACAUUAGAGGCAGCAGUGAAAGUUGAUACUCCUCCCUUUGUGAAAAAAAUCGAGUUUUCUGAGCAGGUGCUGGCUGCAGUCAGGGAAAAGAUGGAAGAAAAUGCCUACCUUUCUGCCAAAUUAAGAGAUAUUUGUGUGAAACUACAAGCUUCAGGACGGAUAACCAUGUGCACACUAGAAGACAUGCUUUUCCAGAUUCCUAGUUCAAAGAAGAUCCCUGCAAAGCCUUUCAACCAGAAGCAAUUGGGCUAUCAAGCUGCUAAACCACUUCGGUCGAAUCUAUUGUCGGAAUAGUUGAAUAUUUGAUGGCACACUGAACUGCUGUUAGCAUCUCUUAGGAGCCAGGUUCAAGUAAAAUGUCAUCUCCUCUCCUCCACAAUGAGCAAUUAUUUAAGUUGUUUGUGUGAAACUGCAUUUUAAAUACAGAUCGUGUAGCUUUCACAUUUCAAUUUUGAUGAUAAAAACAAGCCAUGACAGUGGAUAUUUGUGUGUUGGUUGUAAAUGGAGUGAUAGAAUGGUUUGAGGUUUUUCCUCAGGCACUUAAAUCAGAAUUUUCCUAUGCUAAACAUCCUGAUGGAAAUGACCAAAAUAAUUUGUGUAUCUGACCUGACUUGUGGUUUGUGGGUAGAAAAUUCAGUCUUCAUCAGAUAUAAUGUUCUGACUAAAAGGACAGACGCAGUCCAGAGUAUGGAAGUUAACUGUUUAUUCAAAUUCUGUACAUCUCAAGAGAAUCAGAGGAAAUAAGGCAUCUUUUUCCCUCAGUUGGAAAUUAUUCCAACGGUUCUGAUAUAGAACCUUAAGUAUCUCCCAAUCUUUUCUCCAGAAAUAACUUUGAUACAGGAUUUGUAAAGACUGCUUGCAGUGUGCAAGGAUUAGUUUCCAAAAAAAAAGAAAAGGAGUGAACUACUCUUCAGUUUACUCGGUUGGCUAGUACUAGCAGGACAACUGUUUGAUGUAAAACUACAUUUUUGUUGGCAGUAAUAGAGGAUAGUUUUAUCCAUUUAGCCUGUUGCAGAGCAAAUAUGUAAGGUCAAUUCUGUUUCAUUUUCUUAUUUAGUGCUUUCAAACUUGAUUUAAUUGCGAGAAGUUGAUUCAUCCUCGGACUGAGAUUCACAUGUUUGUUUUAAUCUGAAUUGGUUAGGUGCCUGGCUGAGGCUGUAUCCUACCUGCAACUGAAGUAACGAGAACUUCUAUUACAAUUACCAAUAUAGCUGAUGUUUUCCAUUCUUUGUUCCCUUGACUAUUUGCUUUCUUGAGGCUGAUUUACUCAAGCUAUAAUUUGUUUUAAAGAAACACCAUUUCUUUGUCUUGAGAGAGAAAGGCACUAACAGCACUUCGGUAGGAAAAGAAAGCAGGAACCCAAGAAGGGUAGGUUCAAAUGAAAACACACACGAUAUUCAGACAAUUGAACAUGAGAAUAUUGAAGGUUGCUGUGGAAGUGGUGUAGAAGACUGGUAACAUCCUCCGUUAGGAAAAAAGGGAGGUGAAAAGAGCAACUUCUAAUAUUCAUGCACAUUAACUCAAACGAAGUCUAAUUUUUUUCAUUCAAGUUGCACAGCAGCUUGUUCAUUAGGGAAGCUUGGAUUUCAUAUGUAUUUACAGAUUUGCGUUUUGGUGCACCAAGGUGCUGAGGCACACUGGCUCUUGUCCAGAAGAUUCUUCAGCCAUAUGCUUAGUGUAGCACAUCCAAGUGUGGUUGGCAUCUAAUUUCCCAGUGCCCAAGAUCAGGAAACCAAACUUGUCUAAAGUUAAGCAAACAUUUAGGGUUUUGCUGGCUUGGAAUGGCUGGAAUGUCCUGGGUUGAGUCACUAGAAAGCAUUUCUUGGGGGUAGCCGCAGGGAAAGGAUAUGCGCUAUAUUAUUGCAGCCAAUGGUAUAGUUUGCUUAUAUAGAGUUUUAAUUAAGGAUGAACCUUGAAAUUCAAGAGAAACCAACAUUAUGAAAUCCGAUUAAUAGAUAUUUGGAGGGAGGAAGGGAAGGGGAGGGGAGGGGAGCAAUCUGGAGAAAACAGGUCGUAUUUCAAAGGGAAUUGCUGUCCUUUUCUUGUAGAUUUCACUGCAAAAGUCUUCUGUAGGACAUGCUGCUUAAAACUUUAUGCAGUAUCUCAAAUGAGGAUCCGAAGGCUUGCUGUUUAUCGUAUUUAAAUAUUUUUCCUGCAAUAAAAAGAAACAUGAAUUUAGAGCAUGUUGUUGCACUCCAACAGCUUUUUGGAACAGUGAUCCAGGAGACAGCAGGUGGCGUUUCUUGAUCAUGCUUUCCUACCGACGCGAUUUCCAGGAAUAACUUGGAUCUGCAGUGUCAGUUGUGUAAAGACAGGGCAGAAUGAACGGUUUGCCCUGUGUUUAACACAUGAAGUCUCAAAAUGGAAAAUCCAGACAUUAGUUCACAGCCUUGAAUUGUUGGUGAUAGGUAUAGACCAUGAACCUAUAGAUUUACAGUAUUUUAUUUGAAACUUAGUACACUUGUUGAAACAACUCAUCUUUGCCAGUGAUCAUGAUGCAGUUUUUAGAGUAUUCUGUGGAAAUACUAUCAAUGACCUAGGAGACAGGCUGUUGAUGUUACUUGUAAUAUGCCAGUGACAAUUAUAAAGGCUUACUUUGCUAUACAUCUUAAAAGAAAGUUGGGCACUUUUUCCAGCUUGAAUUGUAAAAUCACUUUUUUUUACAUUCACAUGGGAUCUAUAUUGUGUGCAGUCUUCAAAGGGCUGAUAGUCCUCUGCUAUAGAUGCUUCUGCUUUUCUCCAUGGGUUAGUACCUCUUUCAUACUCCUUUCCACAAACAUCUUGAGUCUUGGUAAGGAAGGAUCGCUUCCUCUGUGCUUCUGAUAAUUUUCUGCUUUAAAACAACAAAAAUGAAGGUGAAAGGCUUAAUUGGUGCAGGGGAGCUCAGGAAUGCUUCCUAAAGAAGAGGUUUUGUGUGCUUAAUGAACCUUCUGCAUAAGCUUAAAUAACUUUUGAAAUAAAGACUUGUUAGAACUUUGCAGAGCUAUAGAAAGUAGGGAGGCCUAUAGUGUGUAAACUAGAGCUAUUCAACUUUGGGUUUGGUUUUGGGGGUGUUUUUCCUCAGGGCUGUUUCAAAUUGCAUCCUUCUAAAAAUUUUUAUUGCAAAAUAAGCAAAGACUUGUUUCUUUCUUUCUUUGUUUUAAAGCUACAUCUGUUGUGGCUACUUACAUGCCCUUCUCCUACUGCAUACUCAUUAGCAAGUUUAUUAAAAGUAGAUGUUGCUCAUACACCCCUUUCCUCCUCUGUUACUUUUCUCCUGUUGUUUAUGAACAGUGUUUUGAACUCAGCAAGUGUCUGAUUGUCUGCUUCCUUUCCAGGCUACUUUUGAAGUCACCUUAUUUUCAUCUGAUUGCUACAGUUAAGCAGCAAGAGGGGCUAGGAAGACUUAAAACUACUACUGGUACUAGCUUCAUGUUUUGUGAUGUGAAAUAUAAUGCUGCUUCCACAUCUAUCUUUGCACUUGCUGUUGAAGAUAGGUAGCUGAGGACCUCCAGAAGCUUUUGGUGUGUCUUUUGUUCUGCGCAGUUGUCUAGACCUCCUAAUAAUUCCAGCAGCAUGUCUAGUGAAAACCGGGGUAGUCUGACUUCACCUCCCCAAGCAUAGAUGCUGGAUUUUGUGAGUAUUGAUGCUCUAACUACAAACCGUUUUAUAGGCUGUCAGGUAAGGUCAGCUCCCAAAUCCCUAUGCCAAGUAGCAACUCAAAAUAAAUGCAGGAGCACUGGUGCCAGAGGGAAGUUGAGUUAGGGACUAUCUGCUCAAAUCAGACAUAUAGGAUCAGAGCCUACUGAACUUGAACCUGGUGUCUACAUGAAGGGUAAAAGUGAUAUGAUAGUUAUAGGAAACUUCCUCCAAUGGAGAUGAAGGCAGCAAUUUGACAACCAAUCUGAAAGUUGUGGAGAUGCUGCCCAGGCUUGAGAGAGAAUUGGGGGCUCAAGAUGCAGAGCAGAUAGAUGCACCUGGGAGACAGCAUGACAGGAGAGGCUUUCACACUUCCCCUGUAAAGGCAGCAUAAUGUAGGACCCAUCAGAAAUACCUGUACCCAAAUCCAUGUAGGUUGAGGAACAAGAUAGAGGAAAGUCUAUGCACAGCUGCAGAGUUAAGACCUCAUUAGGAUCAUGAUAAUGUACUGGGUUAGCUGUCAUGACUAGAGUGCUGCAAGAAAGACAGGGGUGGGCAGGGAUGGCAGAGAGAUUGAGUUCUGUAUGAAGGAGUCAUACACAUUUGCCUUGGGACAGGUGGUGAGCCGAUAGCGAACUUGUGGAUAAGGAUCAGAGAAUCAGAUCAGCACAGGUGGUGCUGCAAGGGAUAUCUGCUACAUCCCGUCUGAUAAAGAAGAGGGGGCAGGUGAAGCGUUCUUUAGACAUCUGGAGAAAGUCUCAGUCACAGACUCUAGUACUCAUCAGUGACUUUAGUCACCGUGCUGGAAGGGCAAUAAGGCUGGAUGCAAGUGGUCCAAGAGAUUUCUGGAACAUGUUGAAGAUAAUUUCUUGAUGCACAUGACUGAUGGACUGGUGAGGGAAGGUGAUCUGUUGGACCUGCAACUCACAAGUGGGAUUUGGAUUUGGAUUUAGAUCCACAAGUGGAUUUGGAAAGGGCAAGAGCAACCUUUGCUGCAGCAACAAGACUUGAGGAGUUUAAGACCCUGAGAGGAGUAAGUUGGAUCCAGGACUUCACAAGAGUAGGUUUUGGCUUGUUCAGGGAAAUGCUUGCAGGAUCCUGUAGGAACCACUCCUGGAAGGAAAGGGGCCUGGGAGACCUGGUUGAUCUGCAAGGGCAGCCUCAUGAGAGCACAGGGAUGACCCAUCUCAAUGUGCCGAAAGUCAAGCAAGCUGUUGAAAGGCCAGCAUGAAUGAACACAGAGAUCCUGGCUGAACUCAAACGCAAGACACACAGAAGGUGGAAGCAGGGAUAGGCUACUCAGGAGGAAUGCAAACAUAUGACCACACAUGUAGAAAUGGAGCCAGGAAAGCCAAAGCUUGACUGGAGUUCAAACUAACAAGGGAGGUGAAGGAUGGGAAAAAAGGUUUUUCUAAGUACAUUGGCAACAAAAGGAAGGUUAAGGAAAUCUGGGCCUGUGGUCACUGGGGCAGGGGAACUAGUGACAAGUGACUUGGAAAAGGCUGAAGUACUCUGCCUUUUUGUCAGAGGAAGAGAGGCUGGGAGAAGUGGGUUUCCUCAGCCUUAGGAAGAGAAGCCUUGGGUUAAACCUUACUCUGUUCUACAGCAACAUGAUCAGAGGACAAAGAAAAGGUGGAGCUAGACUUUUCUCAAAGAUGCAUGAUGAUAAGGCAGGGAGCAACGGGCAUAAGUUAAAACAGCGUAGAUUCUGAUCAGGUAUUAGGAUAAAAAAAAGCUAUCAUGAGGGUGAUCCAACCCUGGAAAAAGUUGCCCAGAAGGGACGUAAAAUCUCUGUUCUUGUAGGUCUUCAAGAUUCAACAGGACAUGGCCCUAAGCAACCUGGCGUGGUUGCACUUGCUGUGGGCUGUGGUUUGGCCUAUAUGACCUUUGAACGUUCAUUUCAAACUGAAUCGUUCUAUUAGACACCUGGGUGAGCUACUGACUAUGCUGGCUUGCAAUCCCCCACUGUCCUGUGAGAAGUGCACAUGAAGGUUUCAAACUCCCAGCAUGCAACCAUGUAGCUGGCUUAGUAGUCAGCUUCUACACAUUUUUAUAGACAAGGCUCUCUUUUUAGUCUCUUCUGUACUGAGGAUGGUGCUCAGCCCAGCUAGGGGGUUGCCUGGUCCCCAUGCUCACUUGGGGUGUCAGGGUUAUGAGUUACAAUGAAAGUUCUAAACUCUGACCUGGUCUCUCUGCUGCUCCUUUGCUAUCCAGAGUGCAAAUUUCCAAAUCAUAUGACAAUCAUGUGCUGCACAAAUAAGCAAGAUGAUAGAUAGUCUGGUUAAUUCCACCUUUUGGACUGGAAAUCACCAAAUUUAUCUGGAUGUGGUAUAAUAAGAACAAGGUGGGUUGGGAACCCAAUAGUCAGCAAUGAGCUGGUAGACAUCCUUAAAGGGCAUGAAAAGUCUUUUCACCAGUUCUUUAUAAAAGACCUGUGUUAUGUGGUCAAACAUCACACUUUUUUUGGUGGUAAGCAUCUCUAAAAUCAAGUGUUCAGAAUUGCUGGGGCAGCAGAGAGAUUUGAAAUGAGUUCAAGAACACUGUCAGAUACUUUGAUCUAUGGUGGAACUGUAGUACAUUUCAUUCCUUUUCCACAGUUGUCUGAUUCAUAUUGUAAAAUCCGAGAUUGAAAGGGAUAAGAUCAACAUUGUAUUGUUAUCUGGAUUAUUCUGGACAGAACUGGUGUAGUCGGCCUAUGAUUCAAAUAUUCAAUUGCUACAUUCCCCAUUUAUAUCCAGAAUUACUGUUUUGGUUUGUUUGAAUAUGACAUACCUCGUGGUAUUUUGGCUUAUAUAUAUGCUGGUACAACGUUUUCACAAACAGCUCAAGUGUAGUAAUUUAGUUUCACGUAUUAUCAGCUUUUAUUUGUCUCCUGAAACUUCAAAAUUUGUGAGGAUAAAAGAAAAUAAACAUCUCAAAUGAGCUUUGCUUUACCACAUCAGUAAACAA